AUGGCCAGCGGCAGUCCGGCUGAGCCCGCCAAGGAGCACAUCUCCAUGCACCACUACCACCCCUCGCCCAUCCACACAUCCAUCCACGAGCCCCUGCUCGACUCGCCCGGCUCGGCAGCCUGCAGCGACGCCCAGUUCGCAAGAUUUCACUCGAACACCCCCGCCACCUACCGCCCCAAACCCCAGAAGGCCCGCUGCCUGCUCCUCCUCCACGUCCUCCUCCUCGUCGCCGUCAUCUCCGGAAUCAUCCUAGCAAUACUGAGAGCGUCGUACCCGCUCCAGCGGAGUGGCCCGCCCAGCGUAUUGGAGGACAGGGUCCUCGAUCCGAGCAAGUUCCCAGAGAGGCUGCGGACACCGAAGACGAUCUGCUCGUACUGCGACUGCAAGGCCAACCGCACCAGCCCGCCCCUGCUCAAAGACCCAGCCUACAAUGUCCCCACCGGCACCAGGGAAUCGAUGUUGGCGCAUGUCUGGCUUUCGAUCAGGGAUAUAUAUUGCCAACAUGCGUGGUUGGGCGAAGGGCCCGCGCUGGACCUGCUUCUCCAGACCGAGCUGGGCGCGGAUAUCCCCUUACUGAUCCAAUGGAGCCUCGAGACACUCGAGCCGGGCAAGCCGACGGCCUAUCUGUACACGAAGACCAGCUGGGCGGGGCGGACGAAGCACCUGCGCUAUGCGUACUUCAAGCGGCACAUCCAGACGAUCCGCACCCACCUAGAGCUCAUGAAGCACCGCGAGUGGCCCUCGGGUCCAGGCCACCAACGAUGGGGCCCGCAGCGCCAGCUGAUCUGGAUCGUCGUCGAGGACGGCGAGAAGCUGGCGAACGAUGUGGCCCAGGAGCUGGGGAUGAGCGGGCUGGCGUACAUCUACAUGACCUACGGGCCCACCCACCACUUCGGGAACGCCCAACAGAACGCGGCCUAUGCGCUCAUCCACCGGCUCUCGGACCCGGGCCUCGACGGGAUCUUCGGCCACGGCCCGAUCCUCUCGAUCGACGACGACUCCAACUUCCUGCCCGAGCUGCUCGUCAUCAUCUGGGACGUCCGUCGGAUCGGCGUCUGGCCCAUGGGCAACCUCGGGCCCCACGGCUGGGAGGGCCCGGUCUAUGACCCCGCCAACCACACCCUCCUCCGCUGGGAGGCCGGCGCCGUCCAGGACCGCAGCUUCCCCGUCGACAACGGCGCCUUCGCCUUCGCCUCCGAGCUGCUCGGCUCCACCGUCAAGGGCCCGAGGUAUUGGCCGACGGAUAUCAGCGGCGGCGAGAACGAGUUCAUCGGCUCGAUCGUCGCCAAAAAGGAGGACCUCGAACCGCUCUGCUAUAACUGCCAUCUCGCCUGGCAUAACGAACCCUUGCCGCCAGCAUGCACCGACCUCCAAAUCUGUCCCUGA